AUGGAACAAAGAAACAACGUCUUUCAAGCAAAAUAUAAUGAAUACAAACAAAUUUUAGAGGAGUUGCAAACAAAAAUCAUAGAAUUGGGUCAUGACAAAGAUGAACAUAAUAUAGUCCUUAAAACACUGAAAGACGCUGAGCCGACGAGGAAAUGUUACAGGAUGAUAGGUGGCGCACUUGUGGAAAGUGAUGUUCAAACAAGUUUACCUAUUCUUGAAAAUAAGAAGGAAAACAUAGAAGGCACAAUCAGCAAAAUGAAAGAAACUUUGAUACAAACUGCACAAGAGUUUGAAAAGUGGAAAAAAGACAACAAGAUUCAAGUUGUUAAAAACUAA